AUGAACCAGCCCUUAGUCCCCAACAUGGAAACCGCUGCUGAGAAGGAAGCAGAUACUACCUGGUUUUCUGGGAAGUGGUUCCUGAGGGCCUUGGUGAUGAAAGAGGAGAUCCCAAUAAAGAAGUUCUCUCCCAUGCUGGUGUUGGUGCUGGACAAUGGUGACAUGGAGUUUACUAUAACACAUGUGGUCUAUGGCCAGUGUUUUGAAGUGACCACCAUCUUGGAGAAAACAGAUGUGCCUGGCCAUUACAAUGCCUUUGAGGGUAAGAGCCACAUACAGGUGCAGCUGUCUUCUGUGAAGGGCUAUUGGAUGCUCUACUGUGAUGGGGUGCUGGAGGGCAUGAGCUUCACAAUGACCCAGCUCAUAGGGAGGGACCUGAAGGAAAACCUGGAGGCCUUGGAAGAAUUUAAGGAGUUCACACAGAAGAAAGGACUUAUACCAGAGAGCCUAGUCAUACCUGAGCAGAUGGAAAAAUGUGAGCCAGAGAGUUAAUAAGAGCAUGGCAAGCCAAGGCUCCAAAGCAGCCCAAGGCAGUACCGUCGGAACCUCUGUCCAUGGGACAUGGAAAGAGUGCCCUGCUGGGCCAUCUGACUUCUCUCUUCCCUAUUCUUUCCCCCUCCUCCUCCCGUGCUCCUCAAUAAAGAGCUUCAGCAGUC